AAGACAAAUUCUCGGAAGUGACGGUGACGUAGGAUGAAGGUAAACUCUCGAAAGUGCCGGUAACACCGCUAUAAAAAGGAAAGUUUGAGUUUCAUUAACCAUAUGAAUCAAUAUUCGUUGAACGAUGACGUCAAACCGAAAAAGACUAGUACGGUUCUUCAGUGAACAAUACCAAAACUAUGAUUAUCUCAGGGAAGGAAAUGAGACAAAGAAAAUACCGUCACCGUCAAUCGAACACGCUCACCAGCAUACCAAGAAUCGUUUUCGUCAGCUCACCUCCCAUGCUGAAGCGGAAACUGAUAAUUUGGAGAAGGAAGCACAACAUGUGAGUGAAAUAUUAAAAAGAUCAAAACAAAAAGAAGAUCAAGCAGAUAUCAACAACAGCGAUAUUGUCGUCGCCUCGUCCAUAUCACCCCAUACACUUGUUGAAACAGGUCUAACUUCUCAUCGUGGUAUGAAAUCUGGUAGUCAGCGAUUCCGUUGGAAUCUUUUGUUCAAUCUUCUACUUUGGUUGAUUGUGCCACUUCCAUUUUGGAUCCCUUUCGUCUCCAACCGACUUGCCUAUUAUCUGUUACCAUCCAUUCAAGGUGUAUUCGUUUUGAUGUGGACAAGUAAGUGUACACAUCUGUGUCCAUCGUAUUUUUGA